GAGGGGCAAAGUUUAGAAAUCGCCCCCCGCAAAUUCCCCAAUUCUACCGACCAACGCCCCUCGAGCCGUCCCUCCAAAUCAUAGCACCCGGCCGGAUCUAUCCGACAGCCGGAGCUCUCCUCGCUCUGCACAACCAUUUUUGGUUCGAUCCCGGAGAAGCUCCGGGGCUCCUUGAAGCGAUGGAUCAGCGGGCGAGGCACCCUCCCGGCAUCGGCAACGGCCGCGGCGGGAAUCCUAACUACCACGGCCGUGGCCCGCCGCCGACGCAGCAGCAUCACCAGCAGCCGUCGCCGCCUUCGCCGCAGCAGGCGCAGGGGCACCCGCAGCAGUACAUGCAGCGGCAGUCGCAGCACUCGCAGCACUCGCAGCACCACAGCCAGCAGCUUCAGCAUCAGCAGUGGCUUCGGCGGAAUCAGACCGCUGGCGAGGCCGCCUCGGGCGCCGCCAGAGCCAGCGAGCACCACGCGCCGGCUGCCGCCGAUGACGCCGAUUUGAGUUCGCAAGACUGGAAGGCCCAAUUGAAGCUUCCACCUCCAGAUACACGCUACCAGACCGAGGAUGUCACUGCAACUAAGGGAAACGAAUUUGAAGACUAUUUUCUGAAGCGUGAACUUCUUAUGGGCAUAUAUGAGAAAGGAUUUGAAAGACCGUCUCCUAUCCAAGAAGAAAGCAUUCCUAUUGCAUUAACCGGCAGCGACAUUCUUGCAAGAGCAAAAAAUGGAACCGGCAAGACUGCUGCAUUUUGUAUACCUGCGCUAGAGAAGAUUGAUCAAGACAAAAAUGCUAUUCAAGUUGUUAUAUUGGUCCCCACGAGGGAAUUGGCUUUACAAACAUCACAAGUCUGCAAGGAACUUGGGAAACACUUGAAGAUUCAAGUCAUGGUCACUACUGGAGGAACAAGCCUAAAGGAUGAUAUUGUCCGUCUUUAUCAACCUGUGCAUUUACUUGUGGGGACGCCUGGUCGUGUUUUGGACCUUACGAAGAAAGGCAUUUGCAUUCUGAAGGACUGUUCAAUGCUUAUUAUGGAUGAGGCAGACAAGCUUCUUUCUCCUGAGUUCCAACCUUCCGUGGAGCAGUUAAUUCGAUACCUUCCAUCGAGUCGACAGAUUCUGAUGUUCUCUGCAACAUUCCCUGUGACUGUCAAGGCUUUCAAGGACAAAUAUCUGCCUAAACCCUAUGUUAUUAAUCUUAUGGACGAACUUACACUGAAGGGAAUUACCCAAUUCUACGCCUUUGUUGAAGAAAGGCAGAAAGUCCAUUGUCUGAACACUCUUUUUUCCAAGCUGCAAAUUAAUCAAUCUAUAAUAUUCUGUAACUCCGUAAAUCGUGUUGAACUACUGGCGAAGAAGAUCACAGAGCUUGGUUACUCUUGCUUCUACAUCCAUGCUAAAAUGCUGCAGGAUCAUCGUAAUAGAGUAUUCCAUGAUUUCCGUAAUGGCGCAUGCAGGAACCUUGUGUGUACAGGCAUGGAACUAUACCUUUUACCUUCAUCUUUUUACAAGGGGAAUAGAUAUCCAAGCUGUUAAUGUUGUUAUCAAUUUUGAUUUCCCCAAGACCGCUGAAACCUAUCUCCACAGGGUUGGUAGAUCUGGGAGAUUUGGCCACCUUGGCCUGGCUGUGAAUCUGAUCACCUACGAGGAUCGUUUUAACUUGUAUCGGAUUGAGCAGGAGCUUGGAACUGAGAUAAAACCCAUACCUCCUCAGAUAGACCGGACGAUAUACUGCCAAUAGUUAUCUGGAAGAUUAAUCUUAUAUGCCCCACCCUGGAAGUUAUAAGACAACUUAUGUAAAUAGCAGCUCAUCAGGUUUCAUUUACGUGAUCUUUAUGGUGUAUCUUAAGUUGUUUUGGGGUGCUAUGGGACAGGUGAAAGUGUAGCUAGCUCGUCUAAUUUCCAUCGGACCACGUGGGCGGAUGUAUCAUGGCUAAGCUAAAACUUGCCAUCACUGACAAUAGUUAAUGUUGCUAACCAGGUGCCUGUUCCGAGACUGUUUUCCCUAAAACUGAAAGAUCUCUUUUUCUUUUGACAAAUGUAUUGGCUGGCUAGCUUUUUGUACAGGGCAUUUUUACACUGGUAUUUCUUUGAGUUGCGUGACCUUGGCAUGCGCAGAUGGAUCAUUCCACCUGGGCCAAGCUGUCACGACGUAUCUGUGUCAAGAUCUAGGGGUAUGAACCGUACAAUUCUAGUGCUUUUGUAUUUGCGUAUGCAUUCUGAUGUGCCACAUUUGUAAUUCCUAGAUUCGAAUUGGUGUACAAAGAGUGUUUGUUCGCUUCAAGAUUUCUGUUUCAUUCGCUCUCUA